UAGUAGCAUCUCUUUAUAACGUCUACUACGUGCAAUUACCCCAUACCUGCUCUUCUUACCUUGCACGUCUUUUACUGCGACUGUGAUAUACACAUCACCAUCUUACCCUCGCCAAUUCGAAUAUCUACUUAAUCAUGUUGGCCUCCUCGCUCUUCGCCCUCGGUCUGGUCGCCUCGGCCACCGCCGCUUCGACCGGCAACUACACUCUACCUGAUGGGUUCGACCUGAACGCCAUCUCCUCUGGCACCCGCGCCUCUUGGUGUACCGCGGAGCGCAACUCUUGCCCUGAGAUUUGUGGUGGAGUCGCUACCAGCAACUCCUGCGACUCGACUACCUUGGACUUCUCCUGCAUCUGCUCCAACGGUUCCGCCGCCGACGUGUCGCUUUAUGCGCAGACCGUCCCCUUCUUCGUUUGCCAGGCCAAUUAUGCCCAGUGCAUUAGCAACUCGUCCAGCUUGACUGAGGAAGAGCACUGCAAGGACUAUGAGAAGACCUGUGGCACCCUGAAUGCGUCGGCUGCCUCGACUACCUCGUCCACCACCUCGAGCGCCACCAGCUUGACCACGGCUACCAGCACCAGCACUAGCUCUGACAAGUCUACCACGGCUACCGGGACCAGCACCUCGAGCAGCACUAGCAGCUCGUCCACGGCCAACGCUGCCGUUCGUUUGGCCCAGGAGCAUGCCACCGGUCUGUUGGCCACCGCAUUGUUUGUGGGACUGCGCCUGGUGUUGUAAGUGAAAGACUUGAGAGCGAAACCACCCGAAUGAAGGGGCGUGUUAUGUGCAAGCCGGUCAACAAACAUCAACUGAUUGGGACCGUUCGCAUAAUUUGAUGUCUGUGGGUGUGGGGUUAGAGUGCUACAUGCCUUCCAAGACAUUUCUCCGAGUCUGUGUAGUGGUCAUACCAUGUUUCAAGGGGGAGAAGGGUGAUGGUUGUUGUGGUGGCUGUAUGUUCUACGACUUGAUGUCAAAUACGAUUAUUCCCCGCUGGGCGCCCAUAGGAGGGGUCGAUCCUUGCACAUUAAUUUAAUCCGCCGUUGAGC